GUAAUACAUGUACCCUAAAAAUUUAUUGUUUGUUUUAUUUGUAUAAAGUCAUAAAAUAAAUCUGGAUUGUUGUUUAAUAAAAACCGUUUGAAAUUGAAAUAAUAAUAAAAAAUGAGUGGAGUACAAUCGAUUAAAGGAAUGGUUGCAUUGGUAACCGGUGGUGCAUCGGGUCUUGGCCGUGGUGUUGUUGAUCGUUUAAUACGACAAGGUGCAAAAGGUGUCGUUGCUUUGGAUCGUAAUCACGAAGAAUCAAAAUAUGAUAGUCCAAAUGUAUUGCCAAUAACGGCAAGUGUAACCGAAGAAAGCGAAGUUCAAAGUGCAUUGGAUGCUUGUAAAGACAAAUUCGGACGUCUUGAUGCUGUUAUCAAUUGUGCUGGUGUUGGUAUGGCAAGACGUACCUAUGAUUUUCGCAAAAAUCGAGCACAUUCAUUGGAUGAAUUUCAAAUGGUUAUUGAAAUCAAUUUGAUAGGAUCAUUUAAUGUAGCUAGAUUGGCUGCAGGUUUGAUCGGUGCAAAUGAAUCGGUAAAUGGUUUACGCGGUGUUAUCAUAAAUACGGCAUCGGUUGCUGCAUUUGAUGGGCAAAUCGGUCAGAUUGCAUAUUCGGCUAGUAAAGGUGGUAUUGUAGCAAUGACAUUACCAAUGGCACGUGAUUUCGCUCCACAUGGUAUUCGUGUAAUGACUAUUGCACCCGGUUUAUUUGAUACACCAUUAUUGGCUGCAUUACCGGAACCUGCACGUAAAGCAUUAGCAGCAACGGUUCCAUGUCCACCACGUUUAGGUCAUGUUGAUGAAUAUGCACAUCUAGUACAAUCUAUUAUUGAAAAUCCAAUGCUAAAUGGUGAAGUUAUCCGUUUGGAUGGUGCUUUACGUAUGCAACCUUGAAUCAAUUUCCACAUUUAAUCAUAAAAUUUAUUUUUUUAAAAUAAUCAAGUGUUGUUUAUGUCCUUUUUAUUCGGAAAAAAACAAUAAAUGAUAGAGAUUUAGAUAGAUUUACAGAUCAAUAAUGAUU